UUGAGCCGAGUGCCUGCGGUGUCCAAAGUAAAAGAUCCCUCAAUAGGUUCUUAGUUGCGGUGUUUCAUCAAACAGCCUCAUUAGAUGCCCAGUUGCAUCCGGAUAUGUUCGUGGUUUAACGGGGAGCAGCGGCGGGCAGCGGAGCGCAUUCACCCGGCCGGUGACAGCUGUUAGUGGGAAGCAGGAUGCGGUUAUUACUGAGAGAAGUCGCACCUGUAAACCUGGCGAUGGUUUGAGGGAUCGUGGAAUCAACUUCGCUUUUCAUUUCGCUUUUGCUGCUCCGACUUUUGUCAGAAAAAAAAUACACCAGAUUUUUUUUACGGGUAAUUGGGAACGGCAGUUGUCUGAGCGGCAUAUUAAAGCCUAUUUGUUUAAAAAAAGAAAGAAAAGGGAAAAACCGACGGUAAAGAUGCAACAACCCGCGGUUACUCCAGCCCCGGCUGCUCCGGAUCCUUCAGUUUGUCUUUCCACAGAGCAGUUCGCGAAGAGGCGGCGUACGGCGCUUUGGUACACGGUCUCUCUACUCUCCCUCUCCGUGGUCAUCCUGGUGGUGGGCCUGGUGUCCGCGACCCGCACCGGCAACGUGCCCGUCGCUGGGUACUACCCUGGGAUCAUUCUAAGCUUUGGGGCCUUUCUUGGGCUCGUGGGCAUUAACUUGGUGGAGAACCGCAGACCCAUGCUCGUGGCGUCUAUCAUCUUCGUCAGCCUGGGAGUGAUCACCUCCUUCUUCUGCGCCAUCGUGGAUGGGAUCAUCGCUGCAAAGUUCAUCGACAAAAGACCCCUAAUGGAGGGAAGGUGUGAGUUCUAUGGCAAUGGGCAAGGACAGUCGUAUGACACCUAUCACACAGAGGUGACGUGCUACUCCUACAACAGCAAGUGUAAGGUCAGGAUAAAGAGCAACACCUGUUAUUGCUGUGACCUGCACAGCUGCGGCAGUGAGUACCACUCACAGUACUAUGAGUACACGGGCGUGAGCAGCUGCUGGGACGUGAUGCACCUGUACCGCCUGCUCUGGGCCUCUGUCGUGCUCAAUGUCCUCAGCGUUUUCCUGGGCAUCGUCACAGCCGCCAUCCUGGGGGCCUUUAAGGACAUCGUGCUGCAGAAUUCGACCCCCCAGACAUGUCCCAGUCCUGUGCCGCCGCCCCACAUCCUGUACAACCCCACGCAGCACGUGCUGACGUACGCCGGAUUCUGCCCCUCCACCCAGGCACUGCCGUCCUACCCCAAUUACCCCCUACCGCUGCAGCACCACAGCGUGUACCAGCCGCCCCCAGCAGCACCGGCAGCGACACCGCUGGGCCAGGACGGCCCCACAUCCCCCUCGGAGGACAGCCAGCCCCCCUCCCAGGUUCCGUCCCAGCCCCCGUCACAAGCCUCUUCCAGCUACACGCUGACCCCCAGCACCCCUGCCUACAUCGGGACGCCAUACGGGGGGUGUGAGAAGCCACCUCCGUACGCCUGCUGAGCCAAGGGCCUGUACACCUGGGGAGAACCACCCCCGACAGAACUCAGCCCCAUUGCCUGUCUGCAAGACGGAGAACCCGUAUGUAUCAUGUGCGGGGGCGGGGGGGGGCCCCCGACCCCACGUCACACCUGGGACACCCUCCCCUAGGUCUCACGCGACGUGGGACGGGUUCCAAGGCCACCUCACAUGACUCGCCGGCCUCGUAUGCACCUCAAGGUAUCAGUAUAAACAGCACAUUUAAAAUAUCUCACGCUUAGACUCACUACAGCCAUAAGACGAGUCAAAGCUCGGCCUUCAUCUCUGAAGCGGGUGAUUUAAUUAGAACGGGACACUUGAGAGCACGACCGACUUUUCAGCAGAAUCUAGAGUUCUCCAAACGUAUAAUCUUAACCUGUUCACUGGCUUCCUGAUGUGAAAGAUUUUUCAACCCCAGAACCGAAUCUGCUCCUUGUGUCCGAAACCUGAAGUGAGAGCUAAAGUACCUUUUACUGUGUUAAGCGGUUUCAGCAAAUCACACACAUAUGUAGCGUUGUAAUUCUUGCAGUUGUAAAGCUGAAAUAGUAUAAAUAUUAUGAGUGCUUAAACUUUAGG